AUGGUUGAUCGGAGAACCAUAAAGAACGAUAAACAUGAAGAAAGCACCGCAGCCAAUAACAUCUCUCAACCAAAUUCUAGCUCUCCUGAUUCAGUCGAAAGAAAUGAACAUGGUAGUGGACAAUGCCCUCUUAGCAAACCAUCUGCUAGUCACCAUGCUAGAUUUAGUUCUCAUUCAAGCCGCUCACCAAUCAACAAUAUGAGUGCAUCUCAAUCAAGCAAAGAUAUCGACGGUAGUGCUCAGAAAUCGCUACAUUCUCAUGAUUCCAAAUACGCCAGCACCCAUAAGAAACAAGGAGAGAAUGGGACUGAUGCUCUAAAUUCAAAACUGUCUCAUCUUAAACAUUUCUUGACAGAACAGGAUAGGAAUGAAAGUAAUGCUCAACUGAGUACUAAUUCUCCCAGAACUCGUGCUUAUUCUGAAGCAUCAUAUCCUCACACGCCCCAAAAGAAAUCACGAUCAUCACCAAGACCAAGGAGAAAGUCAAGAACUUCAAGUUUCUCUUCAUCUCACAAACCAACUAUAGCAAAUGACGACAACAUUUCUAGGAAAAGCGUCGACAGACAAUCAGACACUAAUAUUUCUGUUCUAUCCGAAGCUACAGAAGACGAUGUUUGGAUGCCAACUACUUCUAAGCAAGAUAAAAGAAUUAAUGGGAUUGAUUUCUUCGAACUUCAAAAAUAUGUGAAUGAUUAUAAGAUAAAUUUGGAGAAAAUUAGGAAAUUGAAUCAUUAUUCACCAUUAAAUUCUAGAUAUUCAAUUUCCAAUUCUUCAACUGCAUCAACUCAGCUAUCGCCCAUUAUGUCCGCUGCAGCCAUGAAAUAUACUCCAAAGUAUGCUCACUCAUUGAAUUUCAAAGCGGCUACACCAAGUGCCCAACAACAAAAGAAUGCCAAUCAUGCUGAUGCAACGAAAAAGGAUGACGCUGCAGGAGUUUCAUUCGGACCUAAUAAAAUCGAAACAUCGUCAAGUGAAGAAUUGAAUGCAGGCCCUUCGCCGGUAUAUCAACCGCCCAUUAGGUUUUCAUUUUUUUCCACAAGAGAAGAAGAAACGAUUCAUUCACCGGAGAUAGCCUCCUUACUUAAGGAUGAUAGGACGUUUUGUGAUCUUUUCCACCAAGGCAAACCAACAUGGUGGUUAAAUUGUAUAUGUCCCACAGAUGAAGAAAUGAAAAUAUUGACAUCAGCAUUUGGAAUCCAUGCAUUAACCACGGAAGAUAUCAAGAUGCAAGAACCAAGAGAAAAAGUGGAAAUAUUCAAGACUUAUUAUUUCAUUAGUUUUCAUACUUUAGAUAUUGAUAAAGAAUCUGAAAAUUAUUUGGAAAGAAUCAAUAUGUAUUUCAUCGUUUUCCGUAACGGAAUUCUAAGUUUUCAUUAUUCUCCUGUGGAUCACUGUGGUAAUGUUAGAAAAAGAAUUAGACAAUUAAGAAAUUAUGUGGAAGUGAAUGCUGAUUGGAUUUGUUACGCUUUAAUUGAUGACAUUACUGAUCAUUUCGCUCCUGUAAUUCAUUCCAUUGAAUAUUCAGCUGACGCAUUUGAAGAUACUGUUUUUUUAAAUAGAGACUCUGAUUUCUCAACAACUUUACAAAGAAUUGGGAAAAAUAGAAGGAAAGUCAUGGCAUUAAUGAGAUUAUUGAGCGGAAAAGCGGAUGUCAUUAAAAUGUUGGCUAAGCGAUUCCACGAUUACCAAAAGAGGCAAAAAUCUUUGCUCUCCACCAACAACAACUCUGGUAACACGACAAAACCAGAUGAAUCAAAUAAUAACUCAAAGGAUAUAAGUACUUCAGAAGGUUCCAGCACUACUAUUACCAACAACAACAAUAAUAAUAACCAUUUUCUUAACACUUUACAUCCAAUCGAUGACGAUUCGUGUAUUAUGUUGUCAUAUUUACCAGGUGGAGAUAUCGCAAUGUAUCUAGGUGAUAUUCAAGAUCAUAUUUUAACUAUGCAAAAUAAUUUACGUUCCUACGAAAAUAUUUUUGCUAGAACACAUGCCAAUUAUUUGGCCCAGUUACAAGUUGAAUCUUUUAAUUCUAAUAAUAGGGUAAGUGAGAUUUUAGGUAAAGUUACCAUCUUAGGUACAAUGUUGAUCCCAUUAAAUGUUAUUACCGGGUUAUUUGGUAUGAACGUUAAAGUACCAGGUAGAGAUGUCGGAAAUUUAGCUUGGUUUUUUGGUAUCUUUGGUGUAUUAUUCGCAAUCGGAAUUGGUGGUUGGAUAUUUGCAAACGUUUGGAUUACACGUAUCAACAAACCUAUAUUGACGACUACAAACAAUCCUAGGAAAUCGAACUACUUUUGGAAGUAUCUACCAGCAAGUUGGCGUCCUCACCCUGACAAGAAUAAUGAUGAUGACGAUGAAGUUUCGUCUACAAUUAGCACCAGGAGUACUUCUGUAUAUUCAAAACAGUCUAAAUCCAGUAUGGCAAGUAGGUAUAGCCGUUAUCAAUAA